AUGCGAUCGUUGAAAUUGAACACAGGAAACUCCAUUCCAGAGCUUGGAUUUGGCACUUGGCUCGCCGCUCCUGGCGUCGUCCAGACAUCUGUAGAAGCUGCGAUCAAAACCGGUUUCCGACACAUUGACUGCGCCGCCAUUUACGGAAACGAGAAAGAAGUUGGUGCGGCGUUCAAAAAUGCUUUUGCCAGCGGUGUGAAGAGAAGCGAUCUUUUCGUCACCUCAAAACUGUGGAAUACAUUCCACAAGCCAGCGGAAGUCAGGCCCGCUUUGGAGAGAACUCUCGCUGACUUGGGUCUUGAAUAUCUCGAUCUGUACUUGAUUCACUGGCCGAUGGGUUACGACAACGGCGGGGACGUGAGCAACACGUUUCCGCGAAACGAAGAUGGAACCAUUAUCGCCAGCGAUUCGGACUACCUCGACGCCUGGAAAGAAAUGGAAAAGCUAGUUGCGGCUGGACUGGUCAAAGCGAUCGGAGUUUCGAAUUUUUCCAAAAGCCAGAUCCAGCGCUGCAUCGACAACAGCAACACUGUUCCGGCGGUGAACCAGGUCGAAUGCCACCCGUAUUUUAAUCAAAGCGAUUUGGCGAGCUUCUGCAAGGAAAGAGGAAUUCUUCUUACCGCUUACUCGCCCUUUUGCAAUCCUGGCAGACCCUGGGCCGGAACUGAAAAAGACGGAAAGAAUAACGAACAAGUUCCUCUUCUGCAAAAUGAAGUCGUCGCCUCUGUGGCGGCAAAAUACAAGAAAAAUAAUGGACACGUUCUCCUCCGAUAUCAACUUGACAGAGGAAUCGUGUGCCUGACGAAGUCCGUGAAUCCGGAACGAAUCGCCUCGAACUUCGACAUUUUCUCGUUCGAGCUCAACGGCGACGAUUUGAAAAAGCUCGAUGGGCUCCAGACUGGAGUGCGAAUGCUCCCACUCGACUGGGACGGACUCAAAAACCACAAAGACUACCCCUUCCACGAGUAA